AUGUUGACAACAAUCAGCUUCAGGCCUCAAUUUGUGUUCGUGCACAUCUUCCUAGCCUACAAAAUCGGCAAAAUGACCGCCUUACGCAACCCCACGCCGUCCUCGUCUCUGGCACUCAUCCGCACCAAAGUUGCGUCCAUUGAAAAAUCUGGCGUCGGAAGUCUGAGUGAUGAGCCUUGUGGAGUCAGCGGUCUUCAACGUUUACUGGCCCGAAUCUCGCAGACUUUGCUAGCCAGCUUUCCCGAUAAAAGUCAGGAUACUGUAUCAUCUGAGGCCUCAACUGAAAACAACGCUGUACCAAGCGGCACUGACACCGGCCUUCCUGAAGCCUGGUCGAAGUCGACCAGCACUGGAUUGACCAAUGGCAAGCUGUCUCGGAAAGUUAGUCUGUCCAAAGUAACUGUAAUCAACUUGACCACACCGUCUCUGGUGAUUGACCGGCCCAAGUCAAUGUUCUCUCAGUCCAACAGCAUUAAAUUGACCGAUUUAUCCAGCCGAGCCAAUACAGAUUUUUGUGACGCAGCGAGUUCCGCAGCAUCCUAG